AUGAAACUAGAAGCAAGUCUUCGCGAAUGGUUCCCUGAAGACUUCAAUAGAAAGUCUUCUCCGGUCAACUCCGACUAUCUCCGGCCACCUCCUCCUCCGUCUUCAUCAUCUUCUUCGAUAAGAUCACUAGACAGCUCCCAAAACGUUUCCGAAUAUUCCUCUCUCUUGUUCCCACUCGUCCCUAAACCAUCAACGACGACUGACGAUGUUAACGCUCCGUUACAUCCACUGCUAGCUCCGAUCACGACAGCAACAGCGAGCAACAUGAUCCAUCCACAACAACAAGAUCAGUCUUUGUUCCGGAACAGUGUACGUGAGGAAGAAGUAAUGACGCAAGCUAUCUUAGCCGUUUUAACGGCGGCGUCAAGUCCUCCGUCAACUUCUUCCUCGCCGCAGCGAAAAGGAAACGCCACCGCUUUUAAGAGAUACUACUGCGUGAUUAGCGGCGGUGGUGGGAGCGUUAGAGCGCCGCCGCUGAAUUUACGGAAGCAAAGUAUGAUGAAAAGAGCGAUUUCGUUUUACAAUAGGCUUAACAUUUACCGGAGAGAGCGUUUUGCUAGAGAAAACGCUACUGGUGGCGGCGUUGGAAACGGUGGAAGCGGCGGCGUUGGGCGUGGGCCAACCGCAACGCAGUUGCAUCAUAUGAUAUCAGAGCGGAAACGGCGAGAGAAGCUUAAUGAGAGCUUUCAAGCAUUGAGAUCUCUCCUUCCUCCGGGAACUAAGAGAGAUAAAGCAUCGGUCCUAACGAGUGCAAGGGAGAAACUAAGUUCUCUACAAGGAGAGAUUUCGAAACUUCGAGAGAGAAAUCGGGAGCUCGAGGCGAAGCUAGCCGGAGAAAGAGAGAUGGAAACCGAUUUACGACCCAAUGAGAGGUUUAACGUUCGUAUAAGUCAUAUACUCGAGUCAACAUCUAGGGAGAGGAUUUUGGAUCUAAGAAUUGUUCUUAGAGGAGACAGCAUUAGGGCUGAUGAUUUGUUGGUAAGGCUUCUCGAAUUCUUGAAGCAAGUCAACAAUGUGAGCUUAGUAUCAAUCGAAGCUCGAACUCCAGCUAGAGAAAAUGGAGAUAGUUUUGUCGUUCUUGUGACCUUAAGACUCAAGAUUGAGGGUGAAUGGGACGAAUCAGCCUUCGAAGAAGCAGUCAAAAGAGUUGUUGCUGACUUGGCUCACUGA